AUGGCUAACCUACCUCUAAUCCCCGCGAAAAGCUGCGAAAUUCUGGGCAAAGAAGCGCGCUUCCUGCAUAUGCUGCGUCUACAUGCAACCAGAUGUUUUCUUCCUGACCUGGUGAAAAGUGGAAAACACCAUCAGUUGGCGAUCGAAUUUACUCGGCUAAUUGAGGAAGACCCCCGCUUUGAGAUUGUCAACGAGGUUCGUUUUGGACUGACCUGUUUUCGGUUGAAGGCCGGUGACGAACCAACACAAGAGUUGCUCAACGCAUUGUUACAAGAGAGAACAUUGUAUUUAUCAGCCGCGACACUGCCGGAACACAUUUGCACCAAUAGAGGUGGUUACUAUUUGAGGUUUGUUUCCACACAUCAAGCCAGUUCAAGUGAUGUGGCACAUGCAGCAGAGACAAUAAUGAGCGCUGCAUCUCGUGUCCUUCUUCAGUGCUCAAACGGUACUGAUUAAGAUCGGAACGGAUUUCACUGUGUAACACACAACCACCGUAUCUCAUGGAUGAACAUACACUGCUAACA